AGUUUAAAAGUAUAAAAUACUUAAUACUAUUAUUUUAUUUCUAUUUUAUUUUUUUUUACUUAAUAACUUUUAUAAUGUAAUAAAACAUUAUUUUUAUCAUAAUAAUAGAAAACUGCGAAUAAAUCUUUUAUUAAACAUUCUGGUCUAUAGAUUACUCUUGAAUUAUCAAUUUUGUUUAUUAUAAUAAAAGAAUAAUUUAAAAUUUUAAUUAUUAGUUUUACUAGUUUCCAAUCAAAAGGUUCUUGUAAUACUUUUUGAAUUUUUAAGAAAUCACACGGUUUAAAAUCAAUGGCUGAGGAACUAUCAAAAUUUGAUAAUUCCGUUAAAAUAAUGGAUCGACAAAUAGGUGACGAAGAUUCAGACUGCGAAAGUAUGAAAUUUCGCCAAUUUUUAAAAGACUUCAAGAAGCAUCCAAAAAUGAUAGAGACUGUUGAAACUUUAAAGAGGGCUUCGUUUAUUAUAAAUUCUAAAUUACACCCAAAAAAAAUAAGAUCUAAAUUUAGCAAAAAUUUACUACCUAUAAGAAAUUCUGAUAUCGAUGAUGAAUCUAGAAAUACAAGAAGAAAUUCACAAUAUAAAAGUGCAGUUUUAGUAUUGUUUUACCAUAUUGCAUAUAUAUUUUUAUAUAAACAAUCACCAACUAAUGACGAUUCUCAAAUUUUAGAAGAUAUGCGUCUGUCAAAAAAGAAGGAAAAAAGAGAAUCACAUAAUAAGUUUUUUAAUAAAGAUUAUAAUAUACAUACUACAACCCUCUUAAACAGACAAACAAAUGCAUUAAUAGACUUUGCUAUUGAAGAAUUUUAUCUUACAUUUAGAACUUUUACACUUCAAGCAAUGAAUUUAAAAGACGAUAAGAAAGCAUAUAAUUACAUCCAUAAUGAAUGUAAAGAAAAAUUAAAUGAAACUAAAAAUGAAAAUUUUGAAGAAUUAGGAAAAAAAACAAAAAAAAGAAAAAGUACAAUGUCUUCUAUAUAUGAAAUUCCUCAGAAAAAAAGAACAGUGAAAACAUCAGAAAGUUUAUUAAACAACGAUAUGAUAAAAGACUCAAAAAUACGAAAAAAAGAUUCUCGUAAAUAUAAAGAAGAUUUUAAGAGGUUUCAAGAUGAUUUUGAAAAACUCCAACAAUUAGAACAAAAAAUAGAAAUAUCAAAAAAUAAUAAUAAAGGUCCAACAGUUUUAUAUAAAUUAUAUUUGGCAUGGCUAUUAGAAUGUGAUUUUGUACAAUUGUUUCAAAAUAUUCAAGCAAGAUUGAAUGAAAAAUAUUGUCCAUGUCAAAUUACUAGGAUUUUACAAUAUUCAAUAACGCAUAUUUGUAAAUUAAGGUACACUCCACCAAAGAGAAAUUUAAUUUCUGAAAUAUUAAAAGGUAUGUUAAAAGCAUCAAAGAUAAAAGCUGUCACUGAAGCUUUACUUGAAAUGAGUUUUGUUAUAAAAUAUUCUGCGUUUAAAAUACCAAGUUUUAUAAAUGAUAAUGAAUAUAGACUUUUAGACAUAAAAAAAUUCCCAGAAAUAGCAAAAAAUAGAUAUAAUUUAUUUUAUACAACAUCAAAAGAAAUUUUAAAUUUAACGCAGUCAGCAUAUGCUUUAACAAACAGUAUACAUUAUACAGUUAUUGAAUAUUAUAAUAAUGUAACGUGUACAAAUGUUCUUUUCGAUUGUAUUAGUAUAACUGGUAUAUCAAAAUCUGAUUUUAAUUGUUUAUCUUGGAAUGAAAGAUUAACGUUUUUGAAAUUAAUUGCAAGAAAACAUAGCUUAUCCAUUAUUGAGGUGAAACCAAUUUCCAUAGAACAACUUCAAUAUAAUGAAUACCCACAAGGUCAAAAUGUUUAUUAUUAUAUAAGAACAAGUGGAUUAGGUCUAGGAACUUUAUUCGUAAAAAAUGCUUUAAUAAAUUCUGAAAAUCCAUUAUCUGCUAACAAAAAUAUUAUUUGUACAAAUAAAAGACAUAGAAAAACUCAAAUAACAGAUUUAGAAUUAAUCGUUAAAAAUAAUGAAAGUAACGUUAAUACUGUAAUAAAUUAUGAGCCAUCGAAUAAUGAUUUUAUAGAUUUCAAAAAAGUUGUUUCAAAUUAUAGUAAAAAUUUGAAGUUUUUAAAUAAGAAAAAAUUUGAUUCUACGAAUAAAAUAUCCGCUCAUUUAAAUUGUUUGCAAAAAAAUGAAGAUUACACAAAUUUAUUUAAUUAUAUGGUAACAAAUAUAUUAAAUGUAAAAACACAAUCAAGUGAAUCGAAUCAAUUAUAUAAUAACUUUUGUUCCGUCUUAUCUCAAAUAGAUUCAUAUUCCCUUAUAAAUGUAAACGAACUUCCAUUUUGUAAUCUAAAUAUGAUUAAGAAGGAUUCAAUUGGGUAUAUAAAAGAGAACGGUACGAAUUUAAACACUUUUUCAGAAAAAAAUGAUCAUUCAAUUAUUAAAUUAUCAGAGAAAAAUUUAGAAGAACAAAAAAAACAUAAUAUUGAUAAACAAGAUAAUUUACCUAGUACCAGUAAACAAAACAAUUUACCUAGUACAAGUAAACAGGAUAUUGUACCAGAUAAUAGUGAAAAGAAUAUUAGCGAAAAAGAUUUUUCGAAUUCAAAAGUUUAUUUUUAAAUUCAAAUUCAAAAGUUCAUUUUUAAAUUCGAAUUCAAAAGUUUAUUUUUAAAUUCGAAUUC